CAACUUUUGAUCAAUUGUACAAUGCAAAGCACUAACGAAAUUGAUGGUAGAGUGCAAAGUGCUUGUCAGAGUGAAUUGGAGUUAAUACUCAAGGAUAUGAAAAGUGAUAUAUUACAAACAAAUGAAGAUUUUAAACCAAAUUUAUUGACACAAUUUUCAACUUUAGACAACAAAAAACCAGUUGAAAAAAUGCAACAUUAUACUUGUGAUGAUAUUAAAUCAAAUGAACCAAAGCCAUUUUUUAUUUCAAAUGAAAUAAAAUCAGAUAAUUUAACAUUAUAUUCAAAUUUUGAAGAUGAAAAUUUGGACAAUACAUUUUCAACUCUCAAAGAUAUGAAACCAACAUCUUUUUCAAUGUUUGAAGAUACUAAACCAGAUAUAUUGACACUUUCAUCAUUUGAGGGUAAGCAGAAUCAUGGUUUAGAGGUACCUCAACAGCUUGAAAUUUCACCAAAUUCAACUGCUUUCAAUGAAAAUAGUACUGUUUUUAACUCAGAUCUUCAUACAACAUUUAUUGAUAAUCUCCCAUCAAUACAUAACCUUAAUAAUAAGGGACAGAAGACGAACAAGUGUGAUAUGUGUUGUCAAACAUUUUCACAUUUUGAUAAAAUUACACAACAUCUGAAAACUCACACCGGAGAGAUUCCAUGUGGGUAUGAUUUGCAUCAACAAAAAACUGUUAUAAUUAAUCAUGUUAAGCAACAUAAGAAAAUAGUUACAAAACAGAUACACAAAAAGUCUGGUUUGAAUACUGGAGAUGGAUCAUAUGAAUGUGAUAUGUGUCAUAAAAUGUUUAAACAAAGGUCUAAUUUAUCUCGGCAUAAAAAUAUUCAUUCUGGACUUAAACAAUAUGAAUGUGAUAUGUGUCAUAAAAUGUUUAAACAAAGGUCUAAUUUAUCUCGGCAUAAAAAUAUUCAUUUUGGACUUACACAAUAUGAAUGUGAUAUUUGUCAUAAAGUGUUUAGCUGUAAAAGAAGUUUAUCUGAGCAUAAAAAUAUUCAUUCUGAAUUUAAGCCAUAUGAAUGUAAUAUUUGUAACAAAAAGUUGAAUUCUAAGUGGAAUUUAUCUCAACAUAAAAAAUUUGUUCAUUAUGGAGUUAAGCGACAUGAAUGUGAUGAUUGUCAUAAAACGUUUAUUUAUGAGUGGUAUUUAUCAGAUCAUAAAAAGCUUCAUUUAGGAGAGAGGCCACAUGAAUGUGAGGUAUGUCAUAAGAAGUUUAGUUACAGGUCAAGUUUAUCUAUGCAUAAAAAAAUUAAACAUUCUGGACUUAAGACAUAUGAAUGUGAAAUAUGUCAUAAGAAGUUAAGUACACAGAAUUAUUUUUAUCAUCAUAAAAAAAUUCAUACUGGACUUAAACCAUAUGAAUGUGAUGUUUGUCAUAAGAAGUUUCUUAGAAAGAAUCAUUUAUCUCUACAUAAAAAGGUUCAUUCAGAGGAGAGGCCAUAUGAAUGUGAAAUAUGUCAUAAGAAGUUUAGUAGAAAGAAUUAUUUAUCUGAACAUAAAAAAAUCCAUACUGGAUGUAAACCACAUGAAUGUGAUGUUUGUCAUAAGAAGUUUAUUAGAAAGCAUAUUUUAUCUGGACAUAAAAAGGUUCAUUUAGAUGAGAGGCCACAUGAAUGUGAUGUUUGUCAUAAGAAGUUUAAAAGAAAAGAUCAUUUAUCUCGACAUAAAUAUGUUCAUACAGUCCUUAAGGCACACAAAUGUGAUGUUUGUCAACAAACGUUUAAUCAAAAGUCUAAUUUAGCUAAGCAUAUAAAAAUUCAUAUUUGAUUUAAACCACAUGAAUUUGAUGUUAGUCAUAAAAAGUUUAUCAGAUGUAUAUUUUAACUAAACACAAAAAUAUUCACUCUGCACUUAAUCCACUUUUGAUGUCAUGCUUGUCAAAAAGCGAUCUUUCAGAGGUAUAGUUUAUCUAAUCUCAAAAAUAUUCACUCUGGAUUUAAUCCAUAUGAAUAUCAUUUUUUCUCAAAAUGUUUAGUGAGAAAGGUCAGCUAUCAUAUGAUCAAAAGAUUUAUUAAGGAGACAGUCCACAUGAAUGUCAUGUGUGUCAAAGAAUGUUUAUUCUGAAGCAUCAUUUAGCUCAACAUAAAAGUAUCAUUUGGGAAUAAGGAAAUAUGAAUGUGUUGUGUGUCAAAAUUCUCACAUAGUAAAUGGACCAUCUGAAGUUAAAAGUUUGACAUACAAUGUUGUUUAUUGAUUGAACCUUAAAAUAUGCAUGUUUCGAUAUUUGUCAUUAACACAAUAAUCUUCGCUCAAUGAACUUCAAGAAAGAUAUAACAGUAACACUCUUUUUCUUUUCUGAAUGUUAACAAUGUUCUUUCAACCAAAAGAAUAUAAUUUUUUUUUCUAUCUAUUGUAUGUGUUUUUUUCUACAAAAUUCUCUUA